AUGUCUACGCCACGCGUGCUCAUACUCGGCGGGCACGGCAAAGUCUCUCUCUUCCUCCAACCCCUCCUCCUCGCCAAGAAAUGGUCCGUCACCAGCGUGGUGCGCAACCCGGCGCACGAGGUCGAGAUCCUGGCGCUCGGCAAGGACAAGCCCGGCAAGAUCGAGGUGUUGGUGGACAGUCUCGACGACGUCAAGGAGGUUAGUGAUGCGCAGCGCGUGUUGGAGAAGGUCAAGCCGGAUAUCGUCGUGUGGAGUGCUGGCGCCGGCGGCAAGGGCGGACCGGAAAGGACAAAGGCUGUUGACAUGAUCGCCGCAAAGUGCUACAUCUCGGCAUCGCUGGCCAUGCCGGGGGUCAAGAAGUUCCUGAUGGUGUCAUACCACGCAUCUCGCAAGGGUUAUCCGCCAUGGUGGACCGAGGAAGACCGGAAAGCCGCGGACAACAUCAACCAAAACGUCCUGCCGCACUACUUCCAGGCAAAAGUAGAGGCGGACGAGCACCUCGAAGCCCUCGCGAAGAAGAGACGGGACGGCGGCGACCAAGAGUUUCAAGCCAUCAACUUGAGACCAGGCACUUUGACGGACAGGCCAGGCACGGGCAAGGUGACGCUAGGCAAGACGUCGAUAACUGGGAGUAAGUACUACAAGUUUCCCCGUUUCUUCAUUCCUCCUGUUUUCGCUGACGAGUCUCCACCAAAACUCUCAGAUGUACCGCGCGAGGAUGUCGCCAAGGUGGCCGCGGCGCUGUUGGAUCGGAACGAUACGCGAGGCUGGUUUGAUCUGCUGGAGGGCGACGUCCCCAUCGAAGAAGCAAUCGACAGCCUCGUCAAGAGCGGGCACAACGGUCUGGAAGGAGAAGACAUGCAACGGAUUUGGGCCAGAGAUACGUCUCUAUAA